CAGCAGCAGAAGGAGCAGCAGCAGCAGCAGCAGCAGCAGCAGUAUCUACAGCCAUCCCCAUCCUCCCCUCCUCUUUGAGCCGCCGCGGGUCCACCCGCCGCCGCUCCCUCCCGGCCACCGCGGGUCCACCCGCCGUCGCCUUCCUCCCACUCCGUGUCACCAAUGUCAUCCUUUCCCCCUCCCGUCGACGUCUCGACCCUCGAUCAUCUCGUGCGCGCUGCCGACAACUCAGCAACCAACUGGUAUUCCUUCGUCGGCAGCCUCCACCGCGUCCUCGGCAGUGCUUAUGUCCUGCCGUUCCGCCUCCUGGACAUCAUGCUUGGUCUCCUAGAGGGUGACCUUGGGGACCCGCCGCCUCACCCUGGCGAUCCCCCCCCUCUCAUUCCCCAUCCCGGCGAGGAACCUUCGCCCCCCAUAGUACCCGUUGGCACCAGCACUCGCGCUGCCACCGCUGAAGUUGAGCAGCUCUUCGUUACUCAGCGUCAUCUACCGUCUCCUCGAAGGCCUCUCCCCUCAAUAUGAAGUGCGCGUCAUUGCCUUCACUGAGGCUCAGCCCCGCGCCUCCCUUGACACUGUGGUCCAAUGGA